CCUACCCACGAGAACAUGCCUCUCACAAAGGAUCUCCUUCAUCCCUCUCCAGAAAAGGAGAAGAGAAAACACAAGAAGACACGUCUGGUGCAGAGCCCCAAUUCCUACUUCAUGGAUAUGAAAUGCCCAGUAUGCUAUAAAACCACCGUGGUCUUUAGCCAUGCACAAACUGCAGUUUUGUGUGUUGGCUGCUCCACUGUCCUCUGCCAGCCUACAGGAGGAAAAUCAAGGCUUACAGAAAGAUGUUCUUUCAGGAGGAAGCAGCACCAAAAGCACUCUGAAUCAAGAUGAGUAGGAAACCAUCUCAAUAAA